GUUCAGCUGCAUGGAAUGGCUUCUAGGCUAAUUCACAGGUUAUUACAGCUCUCCCUAGCCUACGUGUCUGCUCCAACAAAAUUAGGCUCUCUAACCAUCUUACUCUUUCUUAUUGUAGUGUUUUGUAAUAUGAUUUCUCAAGAGAAGACGGAAGACCAUCCUUUUGUGGAUAUAUUUAAUGAAGAUGAAGCUGAAAAAAACUUUUUGUUGUCCAAACCUGUUUGCUUUAUUAUAUUUGGAAAACCAGGGAUUGGGAAGACAACAUUAGCCCGUCAGAUAGCACAGACAUGGAAAUGCAUUCGUGUCGAAGCUUUACCAGUUUUGGAAGAACAGAUUGCUGCUGAAACCCAAACAGGAGUUAUGUUGCAAGCAAUGCUGGUCAGAGGUCAAAGUGUUCCAGAUGAACUUGUCAUAAAGAUAAUGUUGGACAAGCUCAAUUCCCCAGAAGUCUCUCACUUUGGUUAUAUUAUCACUGAAAUGCCAUCAUUUUCACAGGAAGCCAUAACUACUUUAGAGCAAUUAGAAUUAAUUAAAAACUUAAGUUUGAAACCUGAUCUUAUAAUCAAUAUUAAGUGCCCUGACUUUGAUUUAUGCCAAAGAAUUUCUGGGCAAAGACAACACAGUAGUACGGGGUACAUUUACCCAAGAGAUCAGUGGGAUCCUGAAGUCAUUGAAAGUCGUAGAAAAAAGAGGAAAGAAGCCCAAAAAGAGGGAAAAGGAGAAGAGGAAGGGGAAGAGGAAGAAGAGCAAGAAGAAGAAGAGGCAUUUAUUGCUGAAAUGCAAAUGGUGGCUGAAAUUCUUCAACAUCUAGUUCAGAGGCCUGAGGAUUAUUUGGAAAAUAUUGAAGACAUUAUUAAACUUUAUAAGGAAACGAUUCUUCAUCCUAUAGAAGAAAUAAUGGCUGAGCACAAUUCUCAGUAUCUCAUUGAGCUAGAUGGAAAUAAGCCACCAGAGGAGCUUUUCCUGGUGAUGAUGGAGCGACUUAAAUAUCUGAACCUAAGAAGAGCAGCUGUUAUAACCAAACUUCAGAGUGCAGAGGAAGAAAUUAAUGACAUAAUGGAAACUGAUGAGCUGUUCCGUACUCUCGCAUCUUAUAAACUAAUUGCACCAAGAUAUAGAUGGCAGAGAAGCAGAUGGGGACGUACAUGUCCUGUGACUUUAAAAGAAGGUAACAUUUUUUCAGGAUUACCAGAUUGUUCUGUGAGUUUUCUAGGUAAAAUGUACUGUCUUUCAUCGGAAGAAGCAUUAAAAGCAUUUUCAUUGAAUCCACGUCCCUAUCUUCUUCCACCUAUGCCAGCACCACCAUGUAAAGUAUUCAUAUUUGGACCUCAACGUUCAGGGAAAACAACACUUAGCAAUUUGCUUGCAGAAAAAUAUAAAGGACAGGUUGUUGACUAUGCCAAACUUGUUCAACCACGUUUUGAUCAAUCCCUUGAAAAAUUAAUUGGAAAUACUAUAGCUGAAGCCACUGAAACAGCUAUUAAAAUUGUGCAAGAAAAGCUUCUCGUAGAACUACAAAACAGAAGACAAGCUGCAUUAGCUUUAAAAGAAUUUCAAAGAGAAUUUGGAAGAAAGGAGUAUGAAGAACUCCAGAUGGGAGCAUUUAAAAGCCUAGAAGACAUGCACUCUUCAAUUGAUGAAGAAGCCUAUUAUUCUUUCACUGUGGUAGACAAUCAAGAAACCCUAAGAGAAAGCUCUCUAGAGGACACUGAAGAAGCCAAAAUGAAGACAGAAAAAGUCUCCAAUGAUCAAAGUGCCAGAAGUGAUAAAGAUGAUGAAAAAGAAAGCAAUGAAAGUGUGUCCAAAUUUAAAAGUCUGUCUCGAGGCCCUAGUCAAGAAGUAGAGCUGUCUUCCAAAAAAGUUUCACUAGAAGACACAAUAGAAGAGGUAACUGCAGACCAUCCAGAGGUUGUUGCCAUGGUUGAGGAAACUGUGAAAAUGACAAAGGAUAUGAACUUCGAACAGCCAUAUGAGAAGCAUGCUGAAAUUUUAGAGGAAGUCCUCAGAGAGGUAAUGAAAGAAAACAAGAAUAGAUUUCCUGGUGCCCCAAAAGAAGGAGGAUGGGUUGUGGAUAACUGCCCUUUUACAAGAGAACUGUGGAUAGUCUUAGUCGAGAAAGGAAUUUUACCUGAUUUAAUAGUCUGUUUAUCAGAUAUGGAAAACAAUGGAAAAUACUUACUUAACAGAUUGUAUUUAGAGAAUAAAUCUGAAAUUGAUGCUAAUAUUUUAGAAAGAUUACUAGAUGAACUGCAAACGAAGAAAAAAGAGGAAGAAACUGCAAGAAAAGCUACAGAAGCAGCAUUGAAAAUAGAAGAAGAAAAUCGAAGGAUGCUGGAAGCUAUGAGUGGGAAAGCCAAAGUAACUGAAGAAGUUGAACCAGAGGCUGAAGAAGAGAUUGAUGCUGAGGGGUCUGAAGCUCUUGAAGGGGCUGAGGAGCCUGAGGUAUCCGAAGAGGCCAGGCCAUCACUGUUAACAGAAGAGUCUGAAGUGAGUGAGGUCCCUGAAACAGAACCUGAAUCAGCAGCUGAGCCUAUUGAGGAUACUACAGUUGAAACUGAAAUUCUGCAAGAAUCCAAAGAGGGCCUGGAAACUGAAAAAUUAUCUGAAACAGUUAUGCUUCCUGAGUAUCCAGAAGGUGCUUAUCCUGAUGUUCCUGAAAUGGAGCCGCUUAAAGAGAGGAUUAGACAGUUCACCUUCUCCUGGAAACAGCUGGAAGCAUCACUCAAUGAUUUAACUUUUAUUCAAAUUUUAAACUUGGAGAUUGCUGGCAAAACUCCAGAGGAACUACUUCAAAAAGUAGUUGAGACUAUGGAAAAACCUUUUAAAUACCCUGGAUGGGAGUUAAUUAUGGAAGAUUAUGAUGAAGAAACUGAAGACUAUCAGGCAGAAGGAGAAGUUGACGAGGAGCUCGAAGAAGAGGAAGAGGAAGAAGAAGAGAGAAUUAAAGAAAAGAGGAGGCAUUUGGGAGAUACAAAGCACUUUUGUCCAGUGGUUCUCAAAGAAAACUUCAUCCUACAACCAGGCAACAUAGAAGAAGCAGCUAAAUAUCGAGACAAGAUCUACUACUUUUCAAGUGCUGAGGCUAAAGAAAAGUUUCUGGAGCACCCUGAGGAGUAUGUGGCUCAUGAAGAACCAUUGAAGGCGCCUCCGUUAAGACUAUGUCUUCUGGGCCCCCAUGGCUCUGGCAAAACUGUCUGUGGAAGAUAUUUGGCAGAAAAUUUGGACAUUUUUCACAUUCAGUUUGAAGAAGUCCUUCAAGAAAAAUUAAUGCUCAAAACCGGAAAGAAAGUUGGACCUGAAUUUGAGGAAGAAUCUGAGGAUGAACAAGGUGCAAAGCAAGAAAUUGAAGAACUUGCCGUUCAAGCCAAUAUUACAAUUGAGGAAGAAAAUACAAAGAAGCCGUCUCCAGAAGUACAUCUUACAGAGGAAGAAGAAGCAAUCAAAUCAAAUUUAAUAGACAAUGAGCCAUUGCCUCCAGAAAUUCUCGAAGGAAUUCUUUCUGAGUGUUGGCUUAAGGAACCAAUAUGUUCCACAGGUUUUAUACUAGAUGGUUUUCCACGAUAUCCUGAGGAGGCCCAGUUUCUAGGGGAGCAUGGAUUUUUCCCAGAUGCUGCUGUUUUUAUACAAGUUGAUGAUCAAGAUAUUUCUGAUCGUCUUCUUCCUUCCCAUAUUGAAAAAUGGAAACUGAAACAAAAGAAGAGAUUAGACAGGAAAAAACUCAUCAAAGAUAUGAAGGCAAAAAUAAGGGAUGAUAUGAUUGCUAAAAGAAGGGCUGAGCUUAUAUCAGAAAGAGAGAAAAAAAAGAAAGGGGAGGUUGCUGUUAAAGAAGAUGAAGAUAUUAUUAGUGAGGAAGAGCCUGAAGAAGAGGAAGAUGAUAAUAUUGACAACAUCCUCGAAGAAGAGUUUCCAAAAGAAGAGGAAGAGAUGAGUGAGGAAGAUGAAGAACAGGAAAUUGAUGCCAUUGAACACCUGAGAAGUGAAGUGGGAGAAAAAUUUGAAGCAGAUAUGAAUAAUUUACAAAUAAUACAGGAUGAAUUUGAGAAGUUUUUGAUACCAAUAAUUCACAUUAAUGGAGCUCGGAAAACCCACAUCGUACAAUAUACAUUGAAUUCCAAAGUGAAGCCACUGGUGGAAAAUCGUGCAAGCAUUUUUGAGAAAUGUUAUGCAAUACCACCACAUCUUGCCCAGAAAAUGCUCAGCUUUACCUACAAAUACCUAAGCUCUUUUGGAUAUUGGGACCCUGUAAAGCUAAGUGAAGGAGAGACAAUCAAGCCAUUUGAAAGCCCAGAGAAUCCAAGUUAUCCUGUAAUCCAUCGUCAGUAUAUUUACUUUUUAUCUAGUAAGGAAAGUAAAGAAAAAUUUAUGAAGAAUCCAAUCAAAUAUAUCCGCCAGCCCAAACCUAGGCCAACGAUGCCUAUUAGGAUUGCAGUUGUGGGGCCUCCAAAAUCUGGGAAAACGACAGUUGCCAAAAAAAUUGCAAGUGAAUAUGGCUUAAAGCGCUUAUCAAUAGGAGAUGCUUUACGUUAUGUAUUAAACAACCAGCCAGGAACAGAGCUGGCACUUAUGUUAAAUUGGCAUCUUCAUAAAGGAAUGACAGCACCUGAUGAACUGGCUAUGCAAGCCUUAGAAAUAUGCCUGAUGGACAGUGCAAGCAAUACUGCAGGCGUUGUCAUCGAUGGAUACCCCGUAACUCAGUAUCAAAUGAAUCUCUUGGAAGCCAGGACAAUCAUUCCCAUGAUCAUCUUUGAGUUGGAUGUGCCUUCCAAGGAGAUUUUCAAAAGAUUGUUCCUGGAAAAAAAAAAGGAACAGAGCUUUCCUUAUCCCUUGCACAAUAGUGCACAGAUUACAGCUGUCAAGAACUCAAAGCACCGAAAAAAUGUUGAUGAGAUUAGGCAAUAUUAUCAAGAACAACAUCAGAACUGGUAUGUGAUUGAUGGAUUUCACAGCAAAUGGUGGGUAUGGAAUGAAGUCAUAAAGAACAUCCAAAUGGUGAAUAAAUGUAUCCAGACGUACCUGGAAAGAAUAAAAUCAGGAAAAGCUGCCUGCAUUGACAAGUUAUGUAUCACACCACAAGAGCUGAUUUCUCGCCUCGGAGAAUUUGGACAGUUCUGUCCUGUCAGCCUGGCAGAAUCAUACGAAUUGUUUGAUUGCUCUCUAACUAAGUCGUUGGAAUUUGCAGCGGAGUUCAGGGGCCACUAUUAUAAAAUGGAUUCUCAGGAAAAACUGAAUAAAUUCUUGGAGAACCCAGAACUGUAUGUGCCUCCAUUAGCACCUUAUCCACUCCCAUCUCCUGACAUGAUCCCCAAAAGGUUGACACUAUCAGAGCUGAAGUGUCGAUUCCCUAAGUGUGCUGAGCUCCAAGGAUACUGUCCAGUGACCUACCAGGAUGGAAAACAAAGAUAUGAAGCCCUAAUACCUGGUAACAUUAACUGUGCUUUAGAAUAUCGUGAUCGUAUAUAUAUUUGUGAGACUGAGGAAAAACUCCAGAAAUUUUUCAGGUCACCACUGAAAUAUUGGAAUCAGAAACUUCCAUACAAACUUCCCCCAUUAAAGGAACCGAUAUUUCUUACUAGUCUUCCUUUGCCUGGAUACCUGGAACAGGGUAUUGCCACUUCUCUAAUUAAAGCAAUGAAUGCAGCAGGAUGCGUAAAACCCAAAUUCCCCUUCUUAAGCGUAAAGAGAUCUGCGCUACUAUUUAUAGCACUUCAUCUAAAAGCAUUUAAUCCCAAAGGUUCUGAAUAUACACGAAAGAAAUAUAAGAAGAAGAUGGACCAGUUUAUAGAACGAUGUGAACUCAUAACAUACCUGGGUACCAAGAUGACCAGAAAAUACAAGGAACCUCAAUAUAGAGCCAUUGAUUUUGAUCAUAAAUUACAGAUCUUUCUCUCUCUCAGAAAUAUAGACCCAGUUAAUGGAUAGUUUGCUUCAGGAACCACAGUCUGAGUCUCAAGAGUUAUCCCAAAGAGGGAAGUGGAAGUAGACUGAAAACCUGGCCAUCU